AUCUAGCACGUUUUUUUUACUUUGUGGUGAGAGAACUUUGUUUAAUACAAUCAUAGUUACUUCCCUCUAGUGAUCUCCACUGAAAAAAAGUUACUCCACCAGAACAAAUGUCUAUGUGCUCACUACAAAUCUUCAAAAUACCACCUUCGCAUGAUGUUUACACUCCUGCAGAAAAUAUUCCCCUGAAAAUCAUCUCCGAAGGAAGAAAAUGCAUUAUAAACCAUUUAGGAAAAACAUUAGGACGUUAUAGCAAGCAAAUUAUUUGUGAUAUAUUGGCUGUUGAUUGUGGAAUCAAACCCAGCUUUUUGUUUGACUAUGGCUGUGUAAAAGCAAAGCAGGUGAUAUCUCUGAUUCAAGAUCUCCAAACACAACAGCUCCUUUCAACAUCAUCUCGACCAUGUUCUUACAUUGUCCUGGCCCUUGAAGGGGAUGUGCUGUUAUGUAACACAGCCAUAUUACAGUCCCACUUGUUACAAACUUCACAAGGAACAAGAACAGCUAUUAUAGAUAUUUCAAAAAGUAAUUCACAGGCAAAAUUGCUUGAAAACAUCAACCAGGUUGACGAACAUUUUGCCAUCACUUUUCAACAAAUUAUUGCUUCCUGCAGUGACAGUAAAGAAACUUGUGAAGUACAAUUUCCUGCUUCCCUCAACCUUACAACACUGGUUGGGGUACUUUUGGGUUAUCCCAUUGUCUAUUGGUUCAGUAGAUCAAAUGAAGAUGAUAGUAAUUCUUUAGUUAUUGAUUCACUUACUGUCUUCAAAUUAAAUUGCCAUCUCCUAUGUCGGCAGUGCCAUAAUUCACAAGAGAAAAGCUCUGAAAUACCUAUAAUCAAAAACGAACAAAAACCUUUAGCUCAUAAUAACUUACCUUUAAUGUGUCUUCAGUCUUCUGGUGAGAAACUAAAAACCUCAUCGUGCAAAUGUAAGGAAACGAUAACUCAUUGCAUUUACUCUUAUUCUGUGCCGGAAGCACUUACUUCAAUGGCACUUUCAUAUGUAGAAUCUUGGAUUCAGGACAUAAAUCACUUUGACAGUUGGCAGAAAUGUUACCAUUGUUUACAGUUACACCAAAAUAUUGUUUAUGCUCCUGAAGAAUCAUAUUCAAUUAAUUUUUAAAAAUGAAGAUUGUUUAGAAAAAAUUACAUAAAUAAAAUAACUACCUUGA